GAUUCUGCUGAAGGCGUAUGUCAAAGUGAGGAACACAACAGAAGUUUGAGAAAUAAGUUUCUUUUGAUUGUGGCUGUGGGCUUAAAGCGAACACAGAAGUGAUGUAAGCCUCUCUGUCUGGUGUGUGCAACAGGCCGAGUGGGAUGGCUUUUGCUGUUUCUCAUGUUGUUCUCACUCGGUAUGUCAUCCAUAAAGGGGAGAUCACAGGUAGACAAGUGUCACACAAUGUCGACAGGCGGUGAGCACAGAAUGUCUCUGCUGGAAUUAAUCUUAAUUUGUGCACUUCAGUUUGAAGUGUGCAUCAGUGGAAACCCAACCAGAAUGUACAAAAGAGAUGGACAGGAAGCCAUCCUGCCCUGUGGAAUGGCAUCACCCUCAGACACAACAUGCUCCAAUUUUUCCUGGCUUUACAACAGAGAUACAUCUAAGACUUUGAAUGUGUAUGUUAGAGGAAGAAUUGCAAAGGAGAGCUCAGGCCGGGCUGCCAGGCUGAGUCUGGGUGCUGGCUGCUCUCUGGUCAUUACAAACGUCACUGCUGAGGAUGCUGGUCUCUAUACCUGUCGUCUGGGGACGACCCCUGAUCAGGAUGCACCUGUGUUUCUAAGUGUACUCACAAUCUCUUCAUCUCCACCAGAAGCUGGUCAAAAGAGGGACGGUGAGGUCACACUGAACUGCUCUCUGGUCAGAUACAGCACACUCGGUCCUUGUAAACAGGACAGCAUCCGCUGGGUGAAUGAAUCAGGAACUCUGCUGCAUGGUGAAGGUGUUGGGCACAAGUUCCUCGGACAGAAGAACUGUUUGUCUCUUCUCUCUGUGAGUCAGAGUGGCCUCAGCAGGAAGUACACCUGCCAGCUGCUUGAUGAGGAGAACAAAGUACUGAUAGACGCUGACUACACACCUGAUGGUCAGAAAGAACAAACUAACUCAGAUCAGACCUCCAUCACCAUCAUCGCUGCAGUGGUCGGGGCGGUGGUGGUGUUGGUGGUGUUGGUGGUGGUGGUUAUUGCUGCUGUUCUCAUCAAAUACAGGCAGAGAGCCAAAGUGACAGAAGAUGUGCAAAAGCCAAGUCAGCAGCCUAGCUGCCAUGUUGUUUGCACUCAGGAUGAGCCGGAGAGCAACCUGACAUACAUCACCAUCAGCCACGCUAACCAACAGGCCUCCUCUAGGCAGAAGAUCAGAAAGGCAGAGGAAGUCACUUAUUCCACAGUGAAGACACCAGACAAAGAUCCCAGCAGCCUGUACAGCUCCGUCGGCUGGCCAAAAUAAAUCAGGGGAAGUGACACCUCCCACAGUGUCGCGCCGAGACGACCUGCUGCCGGUGUGUUUUCUGUCUGCUGGGAAGUGGGCGGAUGUGUCUCAGCACUCCUAUGAAACACUGAGCAGCUGUUUUGACCUUGAUGUUGCUUUGCUCAGCGUGAGGACGGUUGCUCUGUUAAAGUGGACACUGAGGACAGACGGACUCUGCAGUCUGUCACUGCGCUUCGUCACAAGAUAAAGUGUAAAUACUUAUUGCUUCUUUGGAGCUUCAGGGUGUUUUUUGAAUUUUUCAUUUGCACUCUUGUAGGAUCCAGUGGGUUGCCUGCUUAUUGCUUUUGUUGCCAGUCAAGGGAUUUUCUUUUGUUCUUUAUUUUGUUUCAAGACUCAACUGAGGGUCUGUCUUCCCGCCUCUCUAAGAAACAAACCUGAACUCAUCACAGUGAUUUAAUCAACGCUGUGUCAUUGAUUUCAUUUUGCUCAAAGUUACAUUAUCUUAUCUGGCAAAGCAACUGAGAGCAGUGAUCAAGUUGGAUGUCCUCUGUGGUGAGUUCAGUGAUAAUCCGACAUUUGAGAGUCAGCUGCUAAUUGUAAAAUUAAACCAAGAAGACAAUCAAAUAAUCAAAUGAGACACUGGGAAAUUUCUUGAUGAGAAUGUGAGUGAGUUGUUGCAUCGAGAAGGUGAAAUCUGUGGGUCCCUGAAUGCGCUGAGACUGAGGCAGUCCCCACUCGACGCUGUACUGUGACAUGGUCAAGGAUUUAAGGAGAGUAAAAGUGUGGAGUGAACUUUGAAGCAUCUCUGUGUUGAUUUUCACAGUGAAAUAAAAUAUCUUGAAAGAGUCAGACGUUUUGUGUGGUUACAGCUGACGACGGAUGGAUGAUGUCACUGUGUACCAGCUGAGGGGAUGUGCUGUGAUCUCCCGCUGCAGGGCAAACAGGAUGACAACAACUCUCCCUCUCCAGUGCAGUCAUGCCAGUCAUUGCAUGUCAGCUUUGUACUGUGGUUUUGAACGAUUGAUGUUCAUGUUUCAUGUUCCUCCCUGUUGUGUCAGAGCUGGUAUUUCCUGUAGCUCUCAUCAAAAAAGCAACCUCCCCAUAAUAAAACAUAAAACACUUAAAA